AUGGAGUCCUCCCCCGAAGGCUCCCUCGAGUUGCGACACUCCCCACCGCCCGACUCGCACGCGGUGUUUGAUCGGCUCCCAGCCACUGUGAUCGAGUGCAUCCUAUUUUCCGCUGAUGCUAAUACAUUCGCAUCUUUGGCUCUUCUAAACAAAACAUGGAAACAUGCAUCCGAUACCCCGGAUUUAUAUGCACAUCACCUGUCGCACUGUCCAUCAUUUUCUUGGACUCAUGGCGCGAAUUCCACAGCUGAUAUAGAGAGCCUCGCUGAUCUCAAACGUCUAUUUAUCAAGGAGAUCAGACAGAAUGCAUACGACGUGUUUUUGCGACCUCGGCAGACCCUCGUGAGACUAAUUUCAAGUUCUAUGAGUUCUUCUACGGCUUUCCCACAAGGAGAAGUCUUUCGAUUUUCAUUUUCAGCAAAUGGUCAAAUAGUUCUCUGUAUCAGCUCCUCUCGCAUUGUGAUAUUGGAUGUUGCAUCUGAUCCAGUCACUGUUAAGCAUGAACUACAGACUCGGAGAAGGCCACUGGGCGCCACGGUUCGGGACGACGGCUCGCUCAUUGCUAUUUUGUCGUCCACACAUCGGGUUCAUAUUUAUCAGCUCUCUGAUGAUGAAGCUAAGCACAUUCAAGUUAUUACACUGAACGAUGCUCCUAGAGAUAUUGCAUUCUCACCAACAGGGAGCAUUCUAGCAUUGGCCUUUGAAGAUAGUAUCGAGGUUUAUGCUGUGGGGGAAGAUGCUAAGCCGACAGAUCGCCGCGCAGUACGCUGUCUUCGUGUCGACGGACUUUCAUUCUCCCCUGAUGGGUCAAUGCUUCUUGGAUCUUCGACUGAUUGCGAGCGAGAUGGUGUUGUUGCGAUUACGGCACCUUUCUAUACGGAGACUGGAACAGAUGCCUCGCCUGAAGAACUCCACUCGCGAAUGUGGACAACGCAGAUUCUUUUCCCUGAGAUCACGCGCGGCUGUACUCAUGCUUGCCUUAUUGCUGGCCACGAGGACUCAGAUGAAAACUGGGUAAUGGGCUAUGACAGCCAAUUGGCAGCAUUCAAAGCCUUGAGGUUGAACGAUGUCAGUGCGGGUGUUGUGUAUUUUGCCAGUCCAUUUAUCCCAGACGAAACAAGAGAGAUGCGACCAAAUAUGGGGCCUGCUACGGAUGAUGCAGGAGAGCUUGUUGCUUUGGGAUUCCAAGACUCCACUUUGUGGAUUUACGGGGUACCGGGACGCUUGGACCUUACUCCUUCAACUACAGGUACUCAAAAUGAGCUCACUGGUACCCAAGUUGGUGGUAUUCAUCACUGCGGAGGCCGUCCGCCUCGUGACAACCUUGCGCAACUUGAGAAGAUCAUCCAACAACCCAAGAUAUUGAUUCGUGGACGCCGCGUCGCUGACAUGAAGGGUGUUACAUCUGCUCACUGGGUACGGGUGACUGAUUCAACAUCAGAAACCAGAUCCCAUCGCCGUAGACUUGUCGCAGUUGCUCCUGGUGGGGUGCGUCCGCAGAUAUUUGGCGCGGAGGACAUCCCAGUUGACGGUGGCCGGAUGCUCCUUUUAGAUUUUGAACGACGCACAACGAACGGCGAGACAAUCGAGCUCGAUAUUGAAGUCGGAGAAACGGCGCCCAAAAUCCUCAUGGAACCAGACUCCUCUAUGGACACCGAGGUUGAACUUGAAAGAAGGCGAACUAGAUUACAUCGUGGAGAUACCGAUACAACAUUUGCAUCCGCUACUCAUCAUCGAUUAGCAGCUCCCCGAGAUAGUCGGACAGUGCCGUUUCAUUUCCGUCGAUUUAGUGUUGCAAGCCCUGCUUCGCCUACUGACAUAUCUCGAGGCGAUGCACUUGAUCUGCCAUAUGACAACACGCAACCUCGUUCAAGUGAUGUUCUCCACCGCGCUGCUACAGCAGCUGCAUCAACACGUGGGCGAUAUGAUCCACGUUAUCGUAACUCCCCCAGUCGACGAAAUCUUCCACAUGAAAGCGACGCCGACAACUGGGUACCGCCGCCUCCUCCAUACAAACCGGAAACAGAGGUACCGUUGCCAGAAGAUCUACUCAGAACCCUUCUCCCGAGAAAUAUGGUAGAUGCCCAAGCUCUCAACGACUCUGUCAAUCAUCCUGUGCGAGCACAAACCACUCGCAUUGCACGGUCGACGGCAUCACCUCGCCCACGCCCUCAAUCAGCAAUUCUCCAAAGACUGGGAACCAUAACCGGCCCUAGACGCAGGGGGAGCUCCAUUGGCAGAGAAGAUCUCUACUUCAGCCAGCAAUCCGAGAGCCCAACUAUCACAGCUGCCUGGGAACAGUCCGUCAACGACAUCCCACCAUCAACACAAGAGCCUAGCCCAAUACCAGAUGCAGCAGCAUCCCUGGCACAUCACCACCCAGCAGUCCAAGCACCGCCCACAUUUGCCGUGCAUCCAGCGGAACAGACCAUCCAAGAAAACCCAAUGCCUCUCCCAUACCUAGGAGCAUCCGCUCUGGGCGAUGCCUACUUCCCAUACUCUGUGUCGUCCCCAAACCUUCUGCAUAUCCCACAACCCCAUGGUGAUAUGCAGGAGACAAUAGCAGACGAUGAGCAUGAGAUACCUCAGAGGCAGCGAUCAUUCCGAAGGCGGGUUUCAACGGAGCCUACAAGCUUACCACCGCCCGAGAAUGAGGAAUGGAGACGGCGUAUACAGGAUUGGAAUGAACAUACAAUAAAAGAGCGAGGGAGGAAGCGGAGGGGGAGGUGCAUUGUCAUGUAG